AAGCUCGAGGCCGCCCGAAAACGAAUACCGCUGCAAGCUCGUGCAACGGUCUGGAGCAUACUUUCAGGUCACGUGGAUGAUCACAAGCUCGGAUCACCAAAUCCGACGUUGUCAUUUCUUGCGAACCGCGAUGCCGUUCAAUUUACCGGGCGCGCUAGUGCCUUUCCAAAUCCUCUUCAAUCCCAGAGUAAUACUACCCAAUCUAGCCAUAAAAGAUAUUCGCCAUCUGGACUUUGCAGCUCUGAAAGAGGCAGGGUACCGAGGCAUAGUAUUCGACAAAGACAACUGCAUAACUGUGCCUCAUAAGGACAACCUGGUACCAGAAUUGACCGAAGCCUGGGAAGACUGCCGGAGGACUUUCGGAGAUGGGAAUGUGCUAAUUGUCAGCAACUCCGCUGGUUCACACUCAGACCCUGCGGGAAUCGAGGCCGAAUCGGUCAAGCGGAAUCUUCAAGUUCCAGUUCUUUUCCAUGCGACACCAAAACCCGGCUACUCUUGUGUCAAAGCCAUCCGUACUUAUUUUUCCUCGCUCCGCGAUCCCGUGCGCCCAGAGCAGCUUGUCAUAGUUGGCGACCGGAUAUUCACAGACGUCGUGCUCUCGAACAGAAUCCGACUAUCGGAGCGUGGUUCUGGUUUCCUGCACAUGUGGUUCCGCUGCGCAUACGAACGAGGGGGGGCUACGGUGAAGGAAAAUUUGGACACUGCGCAUCGUAGCAUUGAUUCGGGGCCGCUGUCCGUCUGGACGACGGGCGUUUGGAAGAAAGAAGCCACUUUCAUGCGUUGGUGUGAGCGCAAAUUGGUGGAGUUCGUGCGUCGACGGACCUCACCCGAGGAGGGGCAUGAUGCCAGCAGUCCCUCUAUCUUCAUCAAAACUGUGGCGGAACAACCCGCGCUACCCGCCAGUCGUUUGCGAAAAGUCUGGCAAUUCUUGUCAAGGACAUGAGUAGGCUGCAUAGAUCACUUCGCAGGUGUCCUUUCUAGGCGGGCAUCAUGGGAAUAGUGCAUGUACACACAGUGUCCUUAAACCCGUGUACUUACUACGAGAUGUCCCAACCCCCAACUUCGGCAGCACACAAUCCCU